AUGCCUAAGAAGGCGAAGAGGCAGAAAAAGGAGAAGAAAAGCAAGAAAGACAAGGGAAAACAAAAAGGUGUUAAGAAGCAAGAUAGAACCGCGGAAGUGACGAAGAGGAUCGCCGUCUGUGGGAACGCGGCUACAGUCCGACAAGUGAUAGCUCAGUCAGGAAAAUUAAAAACGGAUACUGAUGGUGCCGUAGUGACCAUGAACGUCGAGAAUAGAAUGAACGGAGCCGAAGUUGCAGCUGGAGGUAAUUAUGAUGGCGUCCUGUGUGUUUACGACGUACGCAAACAGAAGAGCUACAAUUUUCUAAAGGAAAGGGUUUUGAGCGCUGCCAAAAGCAAGUCACCCAAUGCUUAUCUCAUGGUAGCCGCUGUUGGCCUCGAAUAUCGUGGAAGCGCAGAGCGGCCACUCGUACCGAACCAAGAACUGAAAUCUCUGGCAUCAGCAAAUGGGGCCUCCUGCACAGAACUAAUUUCUUCCAAUUUCAAUGAAAUGGCUUCUGGCAUCCUCGCCCUUUUUCUCCGGACAGACCCAAACUCUGUGAGGCAAAACUCCAACAUCCCAACAAAUGUGGAGACAGCUGGCGAUGGAGGAAAGAAGAAAAAGAAGGAUAAGAAAGAGAAAAAAGGGGAAAAAGAGAAAAAGCCGAAAAGAAAGUGCGGACGCCGGAAAAAGACCUAG